AUGUCUAUUAGACAAAGACCAUCACCAUCUAAUCCACCGUCCACCUCCCCCUCCCCCUCCGUGACUCCAACUCCGCCGCCGCUGCCCCGGGGCGCUCUCUCUCAAGCAUUAGAAAGCACAGCCCACCUCGCCAAUCUCCUCCCCACAGGCACCCUUUUAGCCUUCCAACUCCUCACACCAAUCUUCACCAACAACGGCGUCUGCGAUGCCGCCACCCGCCCCAUGACCGCCGCCCUCCUCGUAAUCCUUGCUCUGUCCUGCUUCCUCGCAUGUUUUACCGACAGCAUAAAAUCACUGGACGGUCAAAUCUACUACGGGUUUGCCACCGUCAAAGGGCUAUGGCUGUUUGACAACACAGCUGCAACAGCCGCCGGGCCGCUUCCUGACCUGAGCAAGUACAGGUUAAGUUUCAUCGAUGCAGUUCAUGCAGUUAGUUCUGUACUCGUGUUUGUUUCCGUUGCAUUGAGAGAUAAGAAUGUGACGAGUUGCUUUUAUCCAACGCCGGGGCAUGAGGCUCAGGAGGUUUUGGAUAUUGGUCCGAUUGGAAUAGGGUUGAUUUGCAGCUUGUUGUUUGUGAUUUUUCCUACAAGAAGGCAUGGUAUUGGUUACCCUGUAACACGAGAUUGA